CAUUUCUAGGCUCUAGCACCUCUCCACCCUUAUUUAUAGCAACCAUAUUUCCCUCUGAAAAUUUAGAACACCCUUCCUUCAGUUCCUUCUCUUAUCUUCUCCUCACUUAUCAUCAUCAACAAUGGCUGCUCUUUCUUCAGCUCUGCUCUUUCUACUUCUCGUUCUUCUCAAUGCUCCUUCUCCAACCGUUGAUGCCCAAAACCCACCAAACCCUGCCUACUACCCUAGCUACAGAGCACAAUCCGUUGAUUUCAACCAAAAGUACAGGAACCGUUGGGGUCCCCAGCACCAGAGACUUGACCAGAACGCAUUAACGAUCUGGCUUGAUCGUUCCUCAGGAAGUGGGUACAAGUCAGUUGAGUCGUACAGAUCGGGCUACUUCGGCGCUUCCAUCAAGCUUCACCCUGGCUACACCGCCGGAGUCAUUACUUCUUUCUAUUUGUCCAACAAUGAGGCGCAUCCAGGCCAGCACGACGAGAUCGACAUCGAGUUCUUGGGUACGACGCCGGGGAAGCCGUACACGUUGCAGACGAAUGUGUACAUUAGGGGAAGUGGGGAUAGGAACAUCAUAGGCAGAGAGAUGCAGUUCCAUCUCUGGUUCGACCCUACUCAGGAUUUCCACUAUUACGCUAUCCUUUGGGACCCCAAUGAAAUCAUAUUUUACGUUGAUGAUGUGCCAAUCAGGAGGUAUCCAAGGAAAAGUGAUGCCACAUUCCCACAGAGGCCAAUGUGGGUCUAUGGCUCGAUCUGGGAUGCAUCGGAUUGGGCCACCGAGCACGGUAGGUAUCGAGCUGACUACAACUACCAGCCUUUCGUCGGCAGGUACAAGGGGUUCAAGAUCGGAGGCUGCACGGCCGACGCGGGUCCCGGAUGUCGCGCCACCAACGGUUCGCCUAGAGGGUACGGGGGAUUGAGCCCGCAACAGGAGAGGGCCAUGGUGUGGGUGCAGAACAACCACAUGGUGUACGACUACUGCUCCGACCCGCAGAGGGACCACACCCACACGCCCGAGUGCUAACUUGUGCAACACACAAGCUGAGUACUCAAUUGGGCGAGAAAAAAACGGUCGUAAAAGUUAAAUAACGAUAAAUAUGUAAUUGUGAAAUAUUUACGCGCACCAAAGUUGGGGAUUGAAUACGUGCAUUUGUGGAGUGAAGAAGUUGGAGCUAAGGAGGGUUAUUUGGGAUGUGGUGGGGAUGGUUCAUCCUAGCAAAGCUAGCUACUUUGGCAAAGAGAGUAGUUGGGCAUCCAAGCCCUAUGUGUCUCCAACAUUAUAUGGUUUUUUUUGUUUGUGUUUUUGAGUGUUUGUUUAGGGGAAUAUUGGACAAUCUAGUUAUACGUCAAUAAAUUUGAUGUGUGUUUUGUACUAUUGUCCUUGUGUUGUCAUUGCUAAUCAUGCAAUAAUAAUGGUGAACACGUCCACAAAUUUGAAGGGCGUUUGUGUGAAGUACAUGUGGAUGCUCUGACAAAAAGAUAUGGGAAAAGGAAGGGUGGUGGGGAUAGGAAAUGGAGAUGUUUGGAUUGAGAUUGGAGCAUUGGCCCAUGAAAUUGAUGAAUUUAAAGAUAGAAAGAGAUUGGUUGCCAUUCAAUGUGGUUUUGGGGGGAUUUCAUUUUCCCUUUUGUCACCCAUAUAUGACAUAUGCUAAUAAUUCACCACACAAUA